AUGGGGCCAAACCGUGCAGAUAAAACCACAGAUCCUCAGCAGCACACUCUCGACUGGAUCAAGCACAUCGAGGAGCUUGUGCCCACCCUUCCUAAAAGCAUCCCUGAGGUGACGGAACAGGACACAAUCUACCGAUCACUGAAACUCACUGCAGACAGUCCAUGGGAGACUUUUAAGAAGCGCGUGAAUGCCUUUAUCGGUCCAGAGGAAGAGUAUUCUGUUGGGAGUGAUGGGUCCGAGGUUUUGUCAGGCAUCGAGCAUGGGAAUGGAGAAACGGUAGUCCGAGAGAGAAAGAUGGCGAGGAUGGGGGCAGAAAUAGUCCGGACAGUGACUGAGAGCACUCAUUCGGAGGCCAAGGGCGGAGAGGUUGAAGAUGGAGACGAGAACGAAGGGGAGGAUGGCAAAGCUGAGCCAUCAGUGUUGAAGUGCAAGCAGGCUGCUACCCUUGUCAUAUCCUCUGACUCCGAGGAAGACGUGUCUGCCUCGAACGAUGGUGGGAAGAAGUCUGAUCGUAAGAAGAAGGUCGCUAAUGCAGAGAGGAAGCAACCCUGUUCUCUCUACGAGAAGGAACGAGUGAAGAAAGCGGAUGCGAAGAAGAAGAAGAGGAAGCUAGGGCUGGUGUUGUGUACGAAGAAUGUGGUGCGGGGCCGUAUAGGUGAAGACGACAUAGAUGUGAGUGCAGGGGAGGAGUCGGAUGAUUUGUCUGCUCUACGAGAGACCAAGGCUCGGGAAGAGAGGGUGGAAACUUUGUCUCUGCGAUAUGAAACCAAGUAUGAGUAUUUCUAG